CGCAGGGCGGUGGAGGAGCUCGACAAGAGGCGAAACAGCGUCGGUGCAUUGAGGCUUUCAUGCGGGCGGCUUCUCAUACCAAGUGCCGACACGGCUACAGCCGCCACAAAGUAACACCACAAACCUAACCCCCUUACACCCUACCUCCCUCCUUAGCUUGCGCAUUAGUCGCAGAUGGAGCCACCGCCGGCGCCGGCUGCGAGGCCACCGUCGUCUUUCCCCGCCCUGGCCCUCCUGCCAGACAAGCAGCAGUGGGGAUUCGAGGCGCCCUCCAAGCGCAUCCACGACGGGCCCGACGUCGCCCGCUUCCUGACCUCAAAGGCCUACCGCGACAUCUGCGUCUUCGUCCUGCAGCUCAACCGCGCCCUGUGCCCGCGCCGCAGGACGGAUGCCGCGACCGCAGUGGCGGCGGCAGCAGCCGGCAGCGGGGCUGGCGCCCUCAGCAGGCCGGCAGCCGCGGCGGCGGCGACGACCAGCUUUACGCUCGCCUCGCACCGCGACGACCCGCCGUCGGUGCGUCGCCUCCAGGCGCUGCUAGACAAGGUUGACGCCAUGGUCGACGACGCCCCGCCCGACCCGGGCCCGAGGCGGUUCGGCAACGUCGCGUUCCGCUCGUGGCACAGGCUGCUGGGCGAGAGGGCCGACGCGCUGCUGGACGAGGCGCUGGCCCCGGAGGUGCUGGGCUUCGGUGGCGGCGGGGGUGGUGACACCAAGGUUGAGGAAGAGAGUGGUAGUGUCGCCCUGGCCGUGUCCGCCAAAGAGGAGCUCAAGGCCUACUUCCUCGGCGGCUUCGGAAGCUCGCAGAGGCUCGACUACGGCACGGGCCACGAGCUGAGCUUCGUCGCGUUCCUGGGUGGGCUCUGGAAGCUAGGCGCCUUUGCGGACGCAGCGAACUCGCAGCCGGGAGAUGCUGAGAGGAGCAUUGUGCUCGGAGUCAUUGAGCCAUACCUCAAAGUGAUCCGAAAGCUGAUCCUCACUUACACCCUGGAGCCAGCCGGCUCUCAUGGAGUCUGGGGGCUGGACGACCACUCUUUCGUCCCCUACAUUUUUGGAUCCGCGCAACUGACCCGGCCCAUUGACGAGUCGGAACAGAUGCCGCUCGAGGGCUCCAUGCCCCGCGCGCCAAAACCAAGCGACAUUCUCAAGCCCGAGACGGUCGAGGUGCAACGUGAGCUCAACAUGUACUUCUCGGCCGUUGGCUUCAUAAACGACGUCAAGAAGGGCCCCUUUUGGGAACACAGUCCCAUCCUGUUUGACGUCUCGGGUAUCAAGGAUGGCUGGGGCAAGAUCAACAAGGGCAUGAUCAAGAUGUUCAACGCCGAGGUUCUCUCAAAGUUCCCUGUCGUCCAGCACUUCCCCUUCGGCUCACUCUUCUCGUGGGACGCGGACCCGCACGCGCCACUGCCGACAGCCAGCGUGCACAUGCAGAACCAGCCACCCGUCACGGCGCAUGGGGCGACGCGCGCCAUGCCGCCGCAGUCGAUGAUACCACCGAUUGGCGGGGCGGGCGCCGCGGCGCCGUGGGCGCAUGCGGCCGCCAGUCGCGUGCCGGGAGGGAUGGGAAUACCUUCAGUGGCUGGCGGUAGACCACCGCCUCCAGACCCUGUGGAGAGACAGGUGCCAAGGGUCUCCGCCAUGGUUGCGCGGGAGGACAUUACGGCUGAGCAGUUCAAGGCUACCAAGGCGCCAUGGGCUUAAGGUCUCUGGUAGAAGCGGGGGUACUAGGUGGUUUGCGAUGUACUUUUGGUAUGGCUAUCGUUUCAGGGAAGGAAGGGAACCGAGGCCCGGCGAAUCGAGAGCACUGUAGAGUCGAGUAGACAGAUACCCGGUGAUACGUGGAUCAGGCACGUUAAAGGAAAAGAGAAUUGCGUAAACGGCUAUCAAUUGAUCUACGAGUGUCUCUGAAUGCCAACGUCUUUCCGUUGGUCUUUUGGUAUCUCUGAAUUUCGGAAUCAUAACGGAUAAUGGCAUAAAGUCAUGAGGUCAAAAUGUCUCUUUCUACCCGUUCCGUCUUCC